GACUGUUACUGAUGUUUCCACCAAACGUUUGUGCAUAAAUUGAUCAAUCGUCGGUUUUUUUGUUAAAAUAUUAUUGAUGUGAUCUGAUUCACCACAAAGUUAAUAGUUAUUUGUACUCAAACAUUCGACAUUGCAACGUCAAGCAUAAUAAUUGUUUCGAGAAUCUCUGGAAAUGUAAUUUCUUUUAGGUUAUAUAUCCCAUCAUUAGUUUGACGUAAUCACGAAUUAAAAACAUUAUGCGAUCGAUGAAAUAGUAAUCGUCUUCUUACCAUUCAAUUUCUUGCCGGUGACUAAGUUACAUGGCAUUGUACUCUUUCUUGUUUCAAUUUUAUUUUGGUAUCGAAUCAACUCUUUUAUGCAAUAUGUUUUAAUCAGUGUAUGUGCAGUGCCGAAUAACCCACGGUUGAAUUUAAAUAUCCCAGAGUGACACAAAGAAAUUAUAAAUUAAUAUGUUUCAAGGUAUAUUUUUGAGACAAUUUUAGUUUCUAAAUUUUUAACAGUGUCAUUAAUAUAUAUUUUUUAAAUAAAUUCUAGUCAAUCUCUGAUAAAUUGAAAAUGUUUUCCACACUUCGUGGUGUUUGCUCGGCGAGCGCUAAAUUUCGAAAUACAAGAAUUGUCACGCUCGUUAGUUUUCCAACGCGAUCGGUAAAGAAUUUUCCCAAGGUUCCGGUAGAGCGAUGUGAGAAGCGCCUCAAUAUUCCCGCGCAAAUUCAACUUUCGAAUCGCAAAUUUCACACAACCAACCGACGUGAUAUUCCCCCGGUUUUGGCACUAAUUCUGCGACCUGUACUGCGUAUUGGCGCUUUUAUUUUUGGACGAACUCUGAGAAAAUGGUGGGGAAAAAUAGAUCCAAGCGAACGCGAACAGUACGCAGCGUUUUUACGAAAGAAGAAACCAUAUUUAUAUGGCUUCCUGGGAGCAUUCUUCUCAAUGCUUGCGAUAUACUAUGUAUUGCACAUCGAAAAUGCUCCAAUAACAAAUCGCCCGCGCUUUAUAAUGUUCACGAAACAACAGCAGGCUGCCUUCGAAAAAUUCCAAUUAGAAUUGCAUUUGGAGGAGCAUAUGGACAAAAUCCUUCCUCAUAAUCAUCCGGUUUAUCAGCAGUUACUGAAAGUAACAACUCGGUUAUUAAAUGCAAACAAAGAUUUACCAUAUAUCAAGGAAAAAAACUGGACUUUGAGUGUUAUUGAUUCGCCAGAAAACAACGCCUUUGUUUUACCUGGUGGAAAUAUCUUUAUAUUCACCGGCAUCCUUAAGAUGAUUGAAAAUGAGGAUCAACUAUCGUUCAUAAUAGCCCAUGAAAUGGCGCACUCAUUGCUAAAACAUGCGAUGGAACAAGUGUCGAAUGGAUUCAUAAUAGAUGUCUUGUUACUCCUGCCAAUAGUAAUUAUCUGGGCGUUAUUCCCAGACUCAAUUGCAUUAAUUCUUCAAUUAACGGGCUAUCAGAUUCUUAACAUUUUCCACGAUUUACCCUACAACAGAGCCCUGGAAAGUGAAGCUGAUGAAGUUGGACUGACUCUAUCAGCCAAAGCGUGUGUUGAUGUUCGGGAAGCUGUUGUUUUUUGGAAAAUGAUGAGAUCUCUCGAAGAAUUGAAUGCAGAGCCUACUAACGUCACGUGGCUCUCGACACACCCGAAUCACAAGGAUCGGGCAGAAAAUUUAAAUGGAUUGAUGUCGAAAGCUAUCGCUUUACGUGGCAGUUAUCAGUGUCCAGGACUCAGCCCAGUGGAUCCAAGAAAAAAAUUCGACGCACAAUCGAUAAAAGACGUUGAAGCCCGAUUGAAACUAAGAGGAGUUUUAUAAUUGUUAUUCUAGACCACUGAAUAAAGUACCUGAUUCGAUUGUGAUCAGAUAAGUACAGACGAUGUCUAUUCGAAGUAUUAAUUAAAACGUCAAUGUUCCUUAUACAUGUCCUCCUGAUAAGCAUUUGUGUAUCUCUCUUGACUUCUAAUUUUUUUUCAUAUGGUUGAGAAAUUUUGAGGAUAGGAAAACUUUCGGUAAUGUAGAAAGCGGAAAGAAUCUACAAGUAUUAAACAUAUAAUCAACAUCGUACGUAUUUAUUUAUACUUAAUACCUUUAUAAAAAUACAGCCGACAUUGUUCUUGGAGUACUUCGUGUCGCUUAGACAUGAUUGGAAAAUAUUAAUAGGGUUGAAUGUUGAUCCUUUACUACAUUUUCGCUCAUACAUUAUCCGUUCAGUGAAUAUCACUCGAGUUGAUCAGUAUUUUCUGGUUUUUCACAUUCUGUUCUUUUGUCUUUCUCACUAGUAGCAAUAAAAUUUUGUGCAGGUAUAAAGUAGUAAAAUUAAAUAUACCUUCUUGAUAUCCGAUAUUUUAUAUCGAAAUGGCACGAGUCACGGAAUACGAUAAAAUCAAAUAAAACUUAAAUUCUGAUACUGCAAAAAUCGUAUAAUGACAACAUUUGAUAUGAAUUACAAGGACGUUUUUAAUUUUUGAAUUUUUUUUCACUUUUGUAUCUGUUUGUAAAUUGAUUUUAAAAUUAGUCCUAGAUAGGUUUUAAAAAUACGCCCUAAUUCCUCGUUCUUCUGUUCUUGGUCUGAAUAUUUUACAUCACUUACGAAAACGAUUGGUCAUAAAUAUAUAAACAAAUUUUAAAUAACGAAACCUAUCGAGCUGUUCCUCUUAGAAACCGGCAACUAGUAGGCUGAUGAAAAUGUGAGAAGCGUUGCUAUCAAUUUAUCUUUUAAAAUCGAAGUAUGCUUUAACGAAAGAUUAGCGCCACAUGUCGUAAUACUUUGACACUAAAUUAUCUACAUAUUUCUUUUGAUGUUUGAUAAUCCUGAGACUUGAGUUUCAACAAAUUUAUAAGGCACUAUCGAGCGUAAAAUGAUCGUGCCUAACAUUAAGCAUAAGUAAAAAAGAAGGGUACUAGACAAUCACAUUAUUGUACAUACCUAUCAAACAUAUACGUAUGUACGUAUAAGGUAUAAAGCGAAAAUUUCAAAGCGAUGUUCAGUUAGGAUUUAGGCCAUCAGAUUAUUCAAAUUAUCAUCAAAUAUUUACCAUUACGAUUUUAUAGUCGUAUGUGAAUGGAAUACAUAUGUCUGUAUCACGUGUUUCAACAGUAUUGAAGUUUUUU